CUGUGUAGGUAUGGUGUGACUUGUGUGCUGGCUGCGCUGAUAGGCUGUCUCCGUGUCACACAUACUAGUACUCCAUAGUGUGCUGUCGCUGGGUGUCUUCUCUCCUGCUGCUGUCUGUUCCCAAGAUGUGGCUGUUGUUUGCAGUGACUGUUUUGAUCUCUGGGAUCACAGCAGAAUCGUUGAGUGUAUCCCAAAACAAUAUUGUUGAUGGUGAUUUUAUGUACAGUGCAGAUCCUGAGGCGUCUAUGAAUAUUAGUGAACUGAUCAGAUACAAGGGAUACCCCAGUGAGGAAUACGAGGUUGUCACUGACGAUGGCUAUAUCUUAAGCAUUAACAGGAUACCGCAUGGUGUGAAAUAUCCUUAUACGGAACCCAAGCCUGUGGUGUUCUUGCAGCAUGGCCUCCUGGCAGAUGGGAGUAACUGGGUCACUAACCUGGCAAACAAUAGCUUGGGGUUCAUCCUGGCAGAUGCAGGCUAUGACGUGUGGAUGGGGAACAGCCGGGGAAAUACCUGGUCUAGGAAACACAAGACUCUGUCACCUGAUAUGGAAGAAUUCUGGGAUUUCAGCUAUGAUGAGAUGGCUAAGCUCGAUCUCCCAGCAGUUGUAAACUUUAUUUUGCAGAAAACUUGCCAGGAACAAAUAUUUUACAUUGGCCAUUCACAGGGAACCACAAUAGGAUUCAUAGCAUUCUCAAGCAUUCCUCAGUUGGCCAAAAAAAUCAAAAUGUUCUUUGGUCUUGCUCCUGUGGCUACAAUCAAAUUCUCCAGCAGUCCACUGGCAAAACUUGGAGUUUUCCCUGAAUUCUUUAUCAAGGACCUGUUUGGCAGGAAAGAAUUUUUACCUCAGACAGAACUUCUGAAAUGGUUUGCCACCCACUUUUGUACCCAUGAAUUGGUGGAGGAGAUAUGUGGCAAUAUUUUUUUCAUUCUUUGUGGAUUUAAUGAGAAGAACCUUAACAUGAGCCGAGUGAACGUGUAUUCCACCCAUUGUCCCUCUGGAACAUCUGUGCAAAAUAUCAUCCACUGGGCCCAGGCUGUCAAGUGUGGGGAACUGAAGGCAUUUGACUGGGGAUACAAGGGCAAUCUUAUUCAUUAUAACCAGACUACUCCUCCCUUCUACAAUGUGAAAGACAUGCACAUCCCAGCUGCUCUGUGGAGUGGCGGCAACGACUGGCUGGCUGACCGGAAGGAUAUAGCCUUGUUGCUUACUCAAGUCAGUAACUUGGUCUAUCACAAAGAGAUUCCAGAUUGGGAGCACCUAGAUUUCAUCUGGGGUUUGGAUGCUCCUGAACGCAUGUACAAUGAAAUCAUUCAGCUGCUGAAAAAGUUCACGUAAACCUUCCACUGUGCCAGAUACUGUGCAUGGCACACACCUACAGUACAUGCUUUAUCUAAAGUACUCUAGACAACCUGUGGAUUUCUUUUUCCUUAUUUAAACAUGAUUGCAGCAUACUAAUAUGCAAUUAAAUAGAAUACGUGGCAUCACAUUUUGCUGGUCAUACCACGAGAUGUGUUCUAAAAUUUACUAAUUUCUAAAGAUCUAAAAAUACAAUAAACAAUAUAAUAAAAAAAGAGCAAAAUCAAAUCAGAAAAUGAUAAAAUAAAUAGAGGGCUCAUUGGGCCUAAUUCAGAUGUGAAACAUAGAAUUUGACGACAGAUAAGAACCACUUGGCCCAUCUAGUCUGCCCCUUUUUUUUUAUCCUUUAGGUAAUCUCAACCCUUUUUGAACCUUAAUUCUUUGUAAGGAUAUUCAUAUGCCUAUCCCAAGCAUGUUUAAAUUGCUCUACAGUCUUAGCCUCUACCACCUCUGAUGGGAGACUAUUCCACUUAUCCACUACCCUUUCUGUGAAGUAAUUUUUCCUUAAAUUUCCCCUGAACCUGCCUCACUCCAUUUUCAGUGUCCUCGAGUUCUAAUACUUCUCUUCCUUUGAAGAAUGUUUCCCUCCUGAACUUUGGUAAAACCCUUGGUAUAUUUGAAAGUUUCUAUCAUGCCUCCCCUUUCCCUUCUCUCCUCCAAACUAGAAAAGGAGGGAAAGGGGGGACAUGGUUGGAGGUAGCAUCACUGCUACUUGGAAGCAGCAGUGAUGCACUAAUGAGUUUGUAUAUUCUCCCCGUGCUUGCGUGGGUUUCCUCCGGGUACUCCAGUUUCCUCCCACAAUCCAAAAAUAUACUGGUAGGUUAAUUGGAUCCCAACAAAAUUAACCCUAGCAUGAAUGUGUGUGUGUACAUGUGGUAGGGAAUAUAGAUUGUAAGCUCCACUGGGGCAGGGACUGAUGUGAAUGGCCAAAUAUUCUCUGUAAAGCGCUGCGGAAUGUUUGCGCUAUUUAAAUAACUGGUAGUAAUAAUAUGGUAAUGCAGCAGGAAGCAUCUUGUAUAAGUAGAUGCCUCCUGCUUGCAUUAGUGAUCCGUGCUGCUUCCUAGGUCUCAGCAUCGGAUCACCUGUGACACCAUCGGCUGGCUGCGUGCCCUUGUAGUCGCACAAGUCGGCCACCGCAAAUCCAACAAAGAGGUCAGGAAAUCUCAGCCGUCUGACUGAGAUCCAGUCCUCAUCACUCUCCCAAAAUGGAGGCGACUUUCCUCCAUUUUGGGAAACUGUGUCUGUUGCUGCCCCCUCCCCAAACAGCAGCACACUGUCAAUCACUCACAGUCUGCGGGUGAUCUGACCCAAUGUUGCAGACCCGCUUUGCACAUGCGCAGUAUAGGUCUGGCACAUGCGCAAAGUACCGACCAUCUAAAUCAUGCCCAUUAUUACGGUGGUGUCACACAGGUGAUUUUAACACUAGCGCUUUUCCUGCUAGGAAAGCACUAAUAUUCAUUGCACAUAAACUGGUAACACAGGAACAGUUGUUGACGCUGCAUCGACAGCGGUGAGAGGAGUAAGUGUAAGCCAGUCAUUUCUGUGUGUCAGCCAGGACUAUUUUGAGCAUAUUUUGAGCAUAAUGUGCUUCUUAGCUGGAAAAACAUAAGCUUAUAAAUCGCUGAGUGACACCAUCCUAGAUGACAUUGUUUUAUAUCAAGAUUUAGUAAAGAGUUCUCUUAAAACUUUUGUUAUUUUAAUACACAGAAGUGAUUAAUCAUAAAAUCAUAAGCAAUAUAUCGGUCAAUUAAAUAAUGGGAUCCAUAAAAACUAAAAAGAUAUGAAAUAAAUAAUGUAGCAAAUAUCAAAGUCCAAAAAACGAAAAGGUGGACAUUAGCUCAUUAAAAAUUAAACUCCCUAGUAUUUGUCCAAUUGUAAUUAUUACCCGUGUCUGAUUUACAUGCUUGCUGUCCGCUGUUUGAUAUUGUGGACGGCAGAUAUUAGCUAGAGACCUUACACUGGGAAAGUUCGCUUAUAACGUAAGGGGAACUUUGUUACAGCUACUGUAGCAUUGCAGGGCUGUGAGUAUGACAUUACUAAUGAUGUACUGUAUGUGUGCCCAAGAGGCCAUAUUUGUGCAUGUAGAGUCGGACCAUUGAAGUAUCCUAUCCUCAUUACAUCUGGUAAUUUGCCAAUGUCAUUUACUCCUAGAAGACAUCUGGUAAACUGUGUUCUGCAUUUGAAUCUGUAUAGCUUACUUCUCAUAAUUCAUGUGUAUAGCGCAACGACAUUACAGAGAUUUCCAUAUCGGUCCCUACCCCAUUGCAGUUUAGUGCGUACACACUGGCCGAUACAUACGGGUCCAUCGGCCAGUGUAUGCGAACGAUAUGUCUGUCUGUGAAUGCCGUCGUUCACAGACAUAUAUUGCGUCGGCCCUGCAGCACAGCCGAUGACUAAUACAUCUACAGAUAUAUUGGUGCAUCUCUGUGUGUUGACCGCCCCUACACAUGCUGCACCAGCCGGCGGUGAUUGACAGCUGAACUGGACGGGCGCAUGUAAACGCCCGCCCACUUUGUGACGUCAGUCCUGUCUGAUCGGACAGUGUGUAUGCACAACAUACUACCCGGUCCGUCCAUCGAUAUAUCUGCAGAUCAGUUGAUCUGCAGGUAUAUCUACUAGUGUAUACCCAGCAUUGCUAUAGAUUUGAAUAUUUGCUACAUCAUUCUUUCCAUGUUGGUGUUUUUCAUAUAUUUUUAAUGUAUCAUUUUUUAAGAAAGUUUUUUUUUUAAUGUUUUUAUUAAAGCCCUCUAAAUUAA